CUCGACUGUUCCUGAGGACGAGGCGCGAUGGAAGGAUUCUUCCGCUGCAUCAAUUUGGCCGUCGAAGUUAGUGAUACGAGAUAACCUCUCCUUCACCCGGUGAGGCCCACGUGUUUGAACGGUCCCGCAAAUACCCUUGUCGAGCUGCCCACUUGGGAAACAUUGCCAAAGCUCAUCUCCGAACGCUCAUCGCUGGUGCUGGGCAUUCAAGAUGGAUAUAAAGGUGACCGAAGGUGUUGAGAUGUGUUGUUGUGGUACUCGACACUGCACAGUAUCGCCUGCAUCAUGGGACGCUUUACCACGGUUCUCACCGCCGUCUCGGCCAUCACCAUCGUAGCAGCUGACGACUUCAACAUUCUACAGCACAUUGGAGGAAAUGGUCAAUGGUUUCCCGGACCUGAAGUGACUGGCAUCUCGUCCGAUGUGCCCGCUGGAUGCAAGGUCGAGCUCGCUGCCUUCUUCUCUCGCCAUGGCAGCCGUUACCCUGACAAUGGCGCUUACAAUGAGUGGACUGAUCUCUAUACUCGCAUUCAAGCAGCUUCAAACCUCACAGUGAGCGACGAGAGCUUGAACUUCCUCAAGACCUGGAAGCCUGUGCUGUCAGACCCCUCCAACCAGAUCAGCCAGCUUUCUACUACUGGCUACAAGGAGCUCACUGAGAUGGGUGCGACAUGGCGCCUUCGCUACCCUGACCUGUAUGACUACAACACGCCCUUUAUCAUGUGGGCGAAUUACUACAAGUCAGGCCCUCGUGUGCGUGAUAGCGCACGUCUCUUCUCUCACGGCUUCCUCGGUCCAAAUGCGACUGACCUUGGUACAAUCUAUGCCCUGAACAGCACCGACCCAGCAUCCUGGAUGAACUCGCUAGCUACGAGUGACCUGUGCAAAGCAUACAACGACGAAGGUGGCAGCCCCUACAAGGAUGUCUGGGACAACAUCUACCUGCCACCGAUUCGCUCCCGCCUCAAUGCUAAGAUCCAAGGCGGCUUCAACUUCACCCAGGGGGAUGUGUCCAUUAUCCCGUACUUGUGUGGCUUCGAGACUCAGAUCACUGGCCGCCGAAGCCGCUUCUGUGACAUCUACACUGAAGAGGAGGUUCUGCAGUACGAAUACGCCCAGGACUUGCGCUAUUGGUACGGCACCGGCCUGGGAUCCGACAUCGAGAAGUACAACAUGCUGCCAGUCGUCGAAGGUCUAGUUCAGCGCUUCGUGGAUGGACCCAAUGCGACGUAUAAUAACGGCAACGGGACCUUUGUCCCCCCUAAGAUUAUCGCUUCUUUCUCCAACGAUGGCCAGAUCAAUCAGAUCAUUGCCGCAAUUGGUGUCUUCGACAACGAGCCUCAGCUUCCUGCGAACAAGACCUUGCCAGACCGAAAGUUCAGAGCAAGCCGUCUUGUACCCAUGCGUGGCACAGUCGCGUUCGAGCGCCUGUCUUGCCCUACUGCGUCCAACGGCUAUGCCACCAGCAACUCAACGAGCGAAGCUUACAUGCGCAUUCGCCUGAACGAGGUCGUGUACCCAGUCGUGAACUGUACAAGCGGUCCUGGAUCGUCUUGCCCACUCUCGCAGUACCAGAGCAUUAUCAAGAGCAAGGUCGAUGCGGUUGGUGACUUCACGAAAAUCUGCAAUACGACUGAUUCCAGCUUUGCGGCGAGGCCGACUGCGACGUUCUUCCAAGAUAACACACUGCCGUAUCAGCUCAUCGUGAAGCCGUAAGGAUUUGCGGGCACUCGACCUGGUUCUUAGUCAAUCAUGCUCAGCCCAAUAGCAACCAUGUCUCAUUGCCAGUCGCCCAUCUCUUUAACCGCGUUCUUCUCAUCAGAAGUUUGAGCUUAACAGUUUGAGAGCGAUAGAAUCAUCAUGAACAGCUCAGAAAAUUGUUUCCAGGUGCCAUAUCGCUCGGCAAAAUGUGUUCCAGCAAAAGUCUUUCC